UGUGUGUGUGUGUGUGUGAGAGCAGUGAGAACUACAGCUCCCACCGCCGCUGUGGACCACGUGUCUCUUUAACUGAGGUAUUCUCAGGACGGGGAGGGGGUGAAUGGGUUCAUCGGGUUCAUGUAGUAUUGGACUCCUUCCUUCUCCCAUUUCAGGUUGGCCGCCUCCCUCGGUAAAAGGGCUAGCUUUAAGGCAAGUGGGGUGAUGGAAGUUUGCAGAGGAAAGGGCUAAAUAGGCGAGCUUGACCUUUUAUUCGGGACACAGUAAAGUCGAUCAGCUGGUGACUCCAAGCUGCCAUUUUUAGGUCAUUCGAGGCGUCUCGCUAACUUGUUUGUAGCGCCAGCCCAGCUGAUGAAUGAGCCCGCUUUAUUCGUCAAUUAGUCGCACCAGUGGGAUGGGGGGGAUCGCUUUGUCCUGUGUUGUCUAGUGGCGGAAUAUAAAUCAUGAUGGCUGAUGGAUGUUGCAGAGGGAUGGAGAGAGGCAGGGGUAAGAUUGCAUCAGAUUCUUUACCGAGACCCACAUAUCCUCAGCAAUAUGUCCAGACCGGAUCCCAGCAGCAGCAGCAGCAGGGCAGUGACAUCCAGGAGUUGGCCUCCAAACGCGUCGACAUCCAGAAGAAACGCUUCUACCUGGAUGUGAAGCAGAGUAUCCGCGGACGCUUCCUAAAAAUAGCCGAGGUGUGGAUCGGAAGAGGCCGGCACGACAACAUCAGGAAGAGCAAGCUGACGCUGUCUAUGUCGAUGGCCCCCGCGCUCCGCUACUGCCUGGGAGACUUCAUCGAUUAUUACGCCCGGAUUGGACUGCGGGGGGGCCUCGCGCCUCCGCAGCUCGAGGAGCACAGCAGCAGCAACGGCCAGGGCCGCGCGCGCGACUCCCGCCGGAGAGCACAGGAGCCGCACGCGGGGCUGUCUCCAGACGGCUCCGCGGUGUCCGACGACCAUGCCCACCGCGUCCUCAAGAGCGAGUUUAUCGAGAGAGACAACAGGAAGUACUUCCUAGACCUGAAGGAGAACCAGCGGGGCCGGUUCCUCCGCAUACGGCAGACUGUCAGCAAAGGACACGGCACCAUAGGCUACUACGGCCAGGGCAUCGAGCAGACCAUAGUGCUGCCCGCCCAGGGGCUCAUCGAGUUCCGGGACGCGCUGUCGCAGCUUAUCGAAGACUACGGCGACGAAGAGAGCGACGACCGCGGCCGAACCGGGUCCAGGAACCAGGACGACAACCCCGAGCUUCCCGAGGCUGCGUCCUUCCGGGUGGACAACAAGAGGUUUUACUUCGACGUCGGGUCCAACCGCUACGGUGUCUUUUUAAAAAUUAGCGAGGUGCGCCAGCCGUACAGGAACACCAUCACCGUGCCCCUGAAAGCCUGGGCUCGCUUCGGGGAGAACUUCAUCAGGUACGAGGAGGAGAUGCGGCGGAUUUUCUCCUGUCACAAAGAGAAGAGGACAGACGCACGGCAGGACAGCGAGGACCAGGAGGACUGACCUUGGCAGUAGGCUGUGUCCGUGUCCGUUUUGCAUGUGUUCUAGGAAAUGUCCAGACGUGACAGUAUGACAGUCCCCCUCAUAUGUGUCCCUACAGUAGCCCGUACUACACUAGAUGCAGUGUCCCGCGUUAACUUUAUGGCUCAAAGGGCUGUUAAACUCCACAUCUCAACCUGCCAAGGAGUCAUGUAUUCAGCCCAAAUGUCUGUAUCUGGGAAAUAAUAUCGACUGUUCUAAUGUCUUCAUUUCUCAGUGCUAUUUAAUGCACUCUAGGCACUUAGACAGGGGCAACCCCAGGCCUAUUUGGUGGCCCUGAGCAGAAUUUUACACCCCCCCCCCAUCCCCUUGUAACUUGAAGAAGGUGCUGUAAUUUACAGCAUUGUUUAUUUCUAAUAAGUGACAUGGAAAGGUGACGCUAGUGUUAUGCCUGCUAAACCAUUCUUAAUAUUUAGUCCCCAACGCCGGGCUGUAAUCAGUUUCAUGUUGGGCGAAUGUGCAGGACAGCUGUCCACCACAGCCCCAUCACAGAAAGUACCACCAAAAAACAACAACUUGUAUAGCCCACAAUACAUUAACUUCAUAUAUGUUCAGUAUAGCAUAUUAUUUAUUAUGCAGUGAUUAAGUGCAACACACACCGGCUACAUCACUAACAGUAUGGGCUCAAAUAGAAGAAGAAUACAGGUGUUGAGACGCAUCAUACAGAUGGUGUGUGUUGCCAUACACACACACACACACACACGUGUGUGUGUGUGUGUGUGUGUGUGUGUGUGUGUGUGUGUGUGUGUGUGGCUUCUUGUCAGUGGCAAUGUACCCAACCCGUUGACCAAGUUCGAUAAGGGGACAACAAUGAGUCCACACAUUUCUUAGCUAGUGCGAUACAUCUCCUUUUCUGAUUCUACCCAACACAGGCACUUAUAGUCCACGUUUCCUUUUAAGCUUUGUGUCACGUGCAGAUACUAAUGUUUGAUUUGUUUCUUGCUUUGAAUCUCAAACACUUGAACAAGCGAUGUGCGUCAUGUGGCAUAAAGAGAUAGGUGAAGGUAGAAACCCUGAUGUUGAAUUGGUAGCUUGGGUAGAAAUGAGUGGUAGAAUAGAAUGGGCCAUUUACAUGCACAUAAUAUAUCGGGUUUUGCCCUUAUUCCGAAAAAGACAGUACUAACUAAGCUGUUUCCGUGUCUUAUGAAAGUGAAAAUUCCACCAAUAUUCCCAUUUUUUUCCCCAUCCUGAUUUUUUUUCUAACUUUUCCCCCAGUGGUGGACGUGUUGGCCCGUGCAAACACAGCCUCCCUCUUUCCUUCAUCCAUCGUCUUGAAAAACCCUGUUCAUAUCCAAGUCCUACAAUGUUUCAAAGUAGCUGUGUUUGUGGCCGUGCAAACUGUUGACUGGUUGGUUUGUGUACAGUAACCAUAGCAACGCACAGAGGUGACCGUAAGCCGUAAACAGGCAAGAGGCCGUAAACUGAGGUAAUAACCCAGAUUGAUACUGAAUGCGCUGUCUACAUGUCCAAAGAAUGCUUCUAAAACCCAAAUAAUACCGGCAUAUCAUCUUAAUUGGAGAAAGCUGUACUCGGAGAAUGUCCAAACAGAAUAUGCAUGUUUACGUGGAAUUCUGAAUAUUGUCUAUUAUCGGAAUAAUAGUGGGAUAUUAGCGUGCAUUGUAAACGAACUCAAGUGUUGUCAUAUAAGGAGGGGAUGAAGUUGUCUUAGAGUGUCCAUGUCUUACCCAUGUGUUCUUUUGAGUCCCUAACGGUCCAUCAAGUGCUGCUUGGAUGGCAGUGGGCUGUACAUAGAGGCUCCGUGUAUACUAUAAGAGACAAAGAGCCCGAUUCAGACUGGGACUAGUCUAGUCUGGGACUAAGUGUCCAACUACAGCUGCUCAUUCCCGACCCCGGAGUCAGUACUUGGCCAUUUAACCCUUGUGUUGUUCACGGGUCAAAUUAGACCUGUGUUCCCUAGACCUAAGUUUUUUUAAUAUCAGAAAUAUUUUUUUCUUCUAACCUAUCAAAUGCCCCAAAAAUAUCAUAGAUGCCCUGUAGAUUUCAUAAGGGUCAAAAUUCAUUAAAACCAUGUCAUAUUGGACCAUUUGACAGAAAUCCAUGCUGUUUUUCUCUUUAAAAAAAUGACUCCAAACAAUAAAAAAAAUUCCCUAAAAAUAAAAAAAAGUAGUACGGAAGACCGAAAAUGUGCGUAAGGAGGCCGGUUGGGGGGGCGAGGACCGGGGUUUAUGUCCCGUUCCUGUCCCGCGUGUCACUGAAAUGUCAUUUUGUACCCCCCCCCCCCACCAUCUGUUUCCUAAUCCACCUGUCUCCUUUGGUUGUGCUACAUGUCAGUUAAACGCCCCCCCCCCCCAGAGAAUCCUAGUGAGGCCAAGAGUCCCGACAAAGCGUGACUAAAUAUGACGCCGACGGAAACUUUUUGCGUCAAUAACCGACGCCAAAGUCACCGGACCAAGCGUCGCUUUUUGACGCGAUGGGACUGAGAAUGUGUCGUCAGGUAGAAUCAGCCGAGCGACACAGCCACGGUUUAAACUGAGUGAAGAGACGGCGUUGUAUCUGGCUGGGACGAGUCCUGAUAGAGGACAUCACGUCUUCUUGUACUUAUUCAUACAGUAUAAGAAAUGAAAUAAAGCGGCUAAUUAUUGAAAGGCAGUGUAAAAUGUAACAAAGAAGCUUCAUCUAUUCUCGCCCAUCAUAAUGUUUGUCCUUUUUACUGAACUGUAGCAUCUGGAACGUGAAAGUGUCUGAGUCGGGCCCUUUGUCUUAGAGGACCUCUGACUGCUGUCUCCUCUCAGUGUAAUGGAGUUGAGAUGUAAUGUAAUGACUGGUAUUGGUGUAGGAUGGGGGGGGGAAUGCAAAAAAAGUUAAGAAAAAUCAGUGUUGUACUGGUGGCAGGCGAUUCUUGUGAUGCCUUUAGGUGCGUGAAAAGCACAGGACUAGUUGGCUGUGGUGUGUUUGCUGUACUGUCUGGUGUAGGGCAUGAACCUUGAUGAUUCUGUGAGUUGUUUUAUUUUCAUAUGAAUGGCAAAAUAUAUAUAUAUAUAUAUAAAUAUAUAUAGCAGUGUAGGAAGUAUAAUUCAAAGCACAAUUUAUUUAAAAAAAUAUGAUGUGGAAUUAGAAUAUAUAUAUUAAAUUCUUUCUAUUGAUUUGAUUCUGCGUUGAUAUCCAGUGGAUUUGGCUCGAGCGGCACUUUUUCUCAAAGAUGAAAUCUUGCCUCAGCCACGACAUUAAGAUAAAGACAUGAUAUUUACUCUCCUGAAAGUGGGAUGUGAGUUCCUGGAAAGGAAUAAUGUCACCUGUCUUUUGUAUUCCAAAUAGCAUUCCUAAACGCACUUUAAAUAAAAGCUGCACUUUUGUUCCGCUGCUUUCGAAUCAGCUGACGUGAAGGGACCAUCUCUAUCCAGGCCUUGGGUGUGAAGUGACAAUCAUGGAUCCCUGCUUCUAGAAUCUGACGGGCUGCAGUCACACACAACUCCAUCACGGUCGGAGUCCGGUUCUGACAGUCUGGAGAUAAACACCUUGUGCAUAUUAAUGCAAGCACCACAUGUUAAAUAAUCAUUGUCAUUGAUUUUUUUUGUGAAAUGAGCACAAAAUCUGGAAGGCAGAUUUUGUUCAGUGGACAUGAGCAAUAGUAAGAUUACUGAUGCAUGACUGGACGUCUUCCGACUGUUACUAUUUGAAAUUUAUUAGAAACAUUGGAAUACUGUAUGUUGUGUGUGUAAUGUGUAAUUAUCUGCCUGAAAUUCCCAGUUCAUUAGCUCAACAGGCCGAUCACUGCAGCAGGAUCCAUCUGGUAAAUGCCCUGUCCAUCUGAUCCCUGUCCAUCUGAUCCCUGUCCUGCUGUCCAGCUUUUUUGAGUGAGCAAUCUUUUUGAAUUUUACACCAAAGAUGGCACCAAAACUUAGUAGGCCAACAUUUUUUCUUCAGUGUGGAUUAACAAUAGAUCACGCGGGCAGUGUUUUAGUACUCCAGACCGGUCUUGGUCUCAAGACCGCUUUUUGAAAGUCUCAGAAUUGACUGCAAUUUCACUCGGUCUCAAAUAAAAGGAUCGUAUUUCAAGACCGGUCCAGACCACAACUGCAGGGAUAUCACUAAAUUGCUUGUGUAUUACUGUAUUGAAUGUAAAACUUCCUAACAUGCAACCCCUCAAAGUCUCUGUCUCAACCCCUCCAAGUCUCUGUCUCGACCCCUCCAAGUCUCUGCCUCGACCCCUCCAAGUCUCUGUCUCGACCCCUCCAAGUCUCUGUCUCGACCCCUCCAAGUCUCUGUCUCGACCCCUCCAAGUCUCUGUCUCGACCCCUCCAAGUCUGUCUCAACCCCUCCAAGUCUCUGUCUCGACCCCUCCAAGUCUCUGUCUCGACCCCUCCAAGUCUCUGUCCAACCCCUCCAAGUCUUUGUCUCGACCCCUCCAAGUCUCUGUCUCGACCCCUCCAAGUCUCUGUCUCGACCCCUCCAAGUCUCUGUCUCAACCCCUCCAAGUCUCUGUCUCGACCCCUGUUGGUGAUGGUCUUGGUUUAGGUGGUCUUAACUACAACACUGCAGGCGGGUUACAUUGUAUACAUAUGAAUGAAUUAGGUGUUCCAUCUGGUUUGUUUUGAACUUUUUUAUUAAAACUUUAAGCUGGCAGCCCGAGCACAAACAGGAGAUCGGACCGUCAUAAAAAGGAAACAUUAUUUUUUUCAUGGAUUACUUCUUAAUUUUUGCUACCAAGGAAGUAUCCCACUAUCAAAGUAACGCUCCUCUGUAAAACUUUCUGGUGUUAGCAGAUUUUGUAGUUUCUUGCCAUGACUUUGUGCUCAUUUCACAACAUUUCAUGAGACCAAGAGGAAUGAAUUCAGGAUAGAAGGAAGAAGACCCUGGCUGGUCUCCGGUCUCUUCCUGUGGAACCGGCAGGGUGUGCUGGAUGUCGGGGGUGGAAGCCUCGUCAGAGAGAUCUUGUUGGCAAGUUUUGUCGGACUGCAGCGCUAAAACGAUUCAUGAGAAAGCUGAGUGAGACUUUUAUUAUUUGUGUAAAAUGAAUGACCCCGACUUAAAAGAAGAACAAAUUAACCCCCACUUUUCUUCGUCCAAAAUCUAAAUAAUGAAAUGUAUAAAUAAAUAGAUAGCUAGCUAUAAAGAUAACAUUUUAGUCUCUAAUUUGCAUAAUAAAAAGUUGGUAUUUAAUAUAUUCCUAUAUGUUAUGUGUUUCCCUUACUAACAAGUCUAUCCGUUUAUAUUGCUGCUGAGCUGUUUCUAAAGCACGCCACCAGAAUGAAGUGAUUUCAGCCCUCCGGCCCAGAAGACAAACACUAAGAUAACACAUGAUUAGAAAAAGGAAAUUGGAAACUUCCCGGCAUUAAAGAUUGCCUUUUAGCUACAGCAGCCAGACAACGCUGCCGUGUGUGUGACGCCGGAGCAUCGUUGAGCGUGACGUCGUGGCGUGUGCGUUCUUCCAGCGUGCGUCACAUAGAAGAGACAACAUGGGGAAUAAAGUCGCACAAAAGCUGUUUGCAAUCAACCGCGCCGACUGAAAGAGAAAGAAUUCCCUGUGCGAUUGUUAGCAACAUUUCAGCUGCACUCACUUUCAGGUUUUUCAGGUUCUGGAUCAUCAGUUUCUCAAUUGUGACAUCACAUGGUUCUUUCCAUGAAACUUCCUAGUCAAAUAGCUGAGAAAUGUUGGACCUGUAAAAGCCAGAGACACUGACAGCCAUCUAUAAUUCAGAGUGUGCAAUUUGAAAUGUAAAUGAGUAUCUUCCUCAGUGACAGAGAACAGCAGCUGUGGUCAGCCUGACUUACCCGGGACAUUGGAAUCCAAUCAGGAUCUUCUUUCGUCCACCAGCCAAACGGCUAGAGAAGGCUGAAAUUUGACCAGCCACUCAAUAGAUGACCUUGGUUGGUUGUUUUUUUGGCUGGUGAGUGAUGCAAAUUUACCAGCCACUUGCAUUCAUUUACCUGCAAUUGGUGAUAGAAAGAUGGUGCUGAUUUUGAACCAUGAUUCCAAUGGUGGAAGGUCAGUGGAGAACCAGGGUCAACGUGUUUAAGCUGAACUGAAUUUAACAUUGUACAUUUAACAAAGUUUUGUCAGAGCAGCCCUAUGAGCUCCUAUUUCUCUUCUUUUACACAUAAAAAAAGAAACGCAUAUGGCAAUGUCCACUGGCUUUCUGGAACUUUUAGCCCCAUGACACGGCCUUGAUUUGAGAGGUUCUAGUGCGCUGAGGGAGGGACCGAUGACAUUCAGAUGACACCGUCAUGAGUAGAAAAGCACAUCGUGCAAGCAGCGCGUUCAGCCAGAGGUUGACCACGGCUGCUCUUCACCGCGCUCAGGAGAGUACAAACAGUAGCUGAAGGUUUGACUUGUAGAGACCAGAUUCUGGGGUUGUUACUUUGAAGUGAGAAAUGGCAUACACCCACGCUGCUAGUGUGCUCCUUCCUGUCUCGUGAGUCAUUGGUUUUGAGUGGACGGCCAGCAGAGAGCUACAGCUGAAGGGCUCCAGGAUGUUGGACUGUGAUGGGAGGACUGGGCUGUAAACACAGACCCAACGUGUCCAACCCUGACGCCUUAAAACACCGUUACCAUUUGACUGUACCUUUGCUUAUUUGAAUCCGUGUGCUUUGUUAUAGCAAAUACGGGAAUUAUACAAAAGUCCACUUACACGUAUUCCUGUAACGUUUGGAUGGCACAGUCACAGCCAAGAUAAAAACGGAUCAAAGUGCCGAGGUGGGAUUCACCUGGACAAAGUGUGUGUGUGUACGUGUGUGAUGUGAAUGUAUGCACACUGAAGAAGACGUUCUGGUUUGCUGUUUAGUUUUGCCUUCUGUUCACCAAGUGGGAAAUGUGGAGAUGUAGCUGUUUGGUAAUCAUUUAAAAAAAAACUAAAAAAAAACUGAAGUGAAUAAUGGAAAUGUGAAAAGGUGUAUAUUUAAUUACAUGUAAUGUAAUGCAUUGGUGUGUCCUAUUAGUCCUGUAGAGUACGACUUAAAAAACAAGGAGGUUUUAUACUCUAGCACUUUCUUUAAUGUGUACUGUAUUAGUUCAUCUUCUACAUGUUAAAGUACUGUAUGAAUAUUCAUUACUUGCCUUGUAAUGUUCGAAACGAUGCUACGUUUUAGAAAUGGUAACCAAGAAAACUACGUUUUUAGAGUGUAUGCAUGCCAAUGGUUGGGUCCCAGUAUAACAGGAAAACUAUAUGAAAAAAUGGUGCUAUGUUACAUUAUAUAAAGGUGCUUCUAUGGACCCCAGCUGAAUGCAUGCUAAGAGGAACUAUCAAAAGAAGAAGAAAAAAAAGAGCAAAUGGAUGUCUUACUACUGUUCUCGAGUGAGUGCUGCCUUCCAAAUAUAUCGGAGAAUUUGGAAAAAUCCAACUGUCUAUAGGUUAAAAUGCAACAGCCCUUCAAGUUUCCAAGGUAACCAACUCUGGGCCGGUAGACGAUGCUGACGGUAUGAUAACCUUCAGCAAACAUAUCCCGGUUUCACGGUAUUGCGGUAUUGCAAAUACAUGUUUGAAAUGUAUUAUUUUAAAAGGUCUGGGUAACAAAAAACAACUUUUUUUUCCCCCCACUGAACACAGUGUAUUUGAUUUUGAAACACACUGGCAUGUGAAGGGAUUUCUAAACUGCACUUUCUGUCCGUGACCACUCAUAUAAAACUGCUCAAACCGCAGGAUUAGUACGACGGAACAUUUGAGUAGUUCGGAAACUUUUUCAAUCCGCAGUAUACCUUGAAACCGGUAACCGGCCCGAGCCUCCUCCAAACAUCCAGUACAUGUAGAGCUUGUUGGGGAAGGAGCAUUUUAACUCGGACAAAGGAAGUUUUAGUGAAGCGUAAAGUCGGACAUGGGCGUGUUAUUGCACUCUGUCAGCUGGGAAUGUCCGACUGAAGACCAGAAGUGGAAUGCAUAGUAGGUGGCAGAUAUCCUACCUGGUCACAAACGGUGACGUCUAACUGUAAAUGUCAUCUUUUCAGUUUAAUAAAGUCCUGAGUCUGUUAGAAGCCCCGGAGCCACACUGACUGAACAUGGAUUGGCCCGUUUCAGAAAGGGACUCAAACUUAAAGAAGCUGUCAGUCAUCAGGUGGUUUCUGUUUUUAAGAAAAGAAAAAUGUCAUUUACAGUUACACUGCAUUUGUGGCAAAGGUCUAAAAGAUCCAUAGACAAUCUUAAUGACAUCAUUUUGUACUCUUAAUUCUUCAGAUGUUUACGUAUGUGUUUAACUAAGUUUUUUUUUAUUUCUCCAUGUGGCAGAGUUAUAGGACGUCAAACAGAAAUAUAGUGUUCAAAAGUUCAGUUGUUUGAGUUUGGAAGACUUUGUGCUGAUUGUUGCUGGAAAAGAAUUUGGGAAAAAAUAAACUGUGUAUGUUUAUUGGUUGUACUGAUCAUCUUCUGUUUUAUGUUGCUCAUUAAAUGUUUUACAGGA